AUAAUUAACCUUCGUGAAGUAAGAAGAACCGCCGAGGUACAAACCGUCCUCUGUUUUUAGCGUUAAGUCGUCGAAUUAUUAGAAACUUAAAAAUGUCUCUCCUCAUGAAAAUGAUCUGCAUAGUAUGCAUUGUCGCUAUAGCAACUACAGAAGCAAAACCUAUCAAAAGUUCCCUUUCAACUCACACCAACAAAUCCGAACUCGAAGUUUUGCGAAGAUUCCGCCGCAGCAGCGAGUCCAUGUUUACCAGCCAUCAUGCGCGGAUCUUGGACCGACAGCUUAAAAGAAAAAUCUUGAAAACUUUUUUCAGGGACGAACAAGCCGGCAGUCCGUUUAACGUAUGCGUUGAACGUUACCUGGAAAGACAUGGUCAUCGAAACAUGGCGCAUGCGGUGCGUCACUGCGUAAUGCGUCUUCGGUAAUCCGUCAUGCGUUAUCCCUUCCGCAAACUUCUUCAAAAGUCAAGUGCAAUCGUUCGCCGUCGGAAUCCUGCCAAAAAUCUAAGAAACCAAAAAACAAAAACCGUAUUUAUAUUACUGUGGGGUAAGAUGGAUAUAUGUAAGCACAAAUGAUGCAUAUUUCGUAAUCGUUUACAACGCUCUUUUUAGAGUCAUAAGGUUACGGUUAUAUAAUUUCGUAAAUAUUCUUUGUUUACUACCAAUUUGGACGCUAAAAUAGACUAAAACAUCGACCAUUUUAUCCCAACCGACAAUAUACAAAUUUCGUCUCACGCUGCGUUUCCAAUGAAAUCUCAGCGUGUGACGUCACGUCUUGUGUCGUAAACCCGUCUGCGUGACGUCGUAAUUACGUCACCCCGACGGCACAAUAAUAAUUGUUGUUCCUGCUAAUA